AUGAGUCAUACCACACCUCCUGCACCAUCAACCCCUGUACCAAACAAGGCCAAUUGGGACUCUGCCCAAACCAAAGUGUUUGUUGAUCUUUGUGUCGAACAAGUAAAUGAAGGACGUAGACCUGGUUCACACUUCACCAAAGAAGGCUGGCAGAAGAUAGCUGUUGGAUUUUUUGAGAAAACAGGGAAGCGAUAUGAUCAGCCACAAUUCAAGAACAAAUGGGACAAUCUGAAGAAGGAUUACAAAUUGUGGAAGAAAUUGCGUCUUCAUGACACUGGGACCGGAUGGGACAAUGUCCAUAACACCAUUCUUGCUGACAAUGACUGGUGGGAGAGAAGAAUUAAGGAAGACAAAAAGGUUGCAAAGUUUCGAAUCCAGGGACCAGAAAACCUUGAGCAAUUGGAGGCACGAUUUGAUGGUCAAUUUGCCACUGGUGAAUUUGCAAUGUUUGCAGGUGCAUCACACCAAAAUGCAGUCCAAACUAAUGAAGAAUUGCUAAGGACCAGCACUGGUGAAAAUGUGCAUUCUAUCCAUCUCGGCUCUGAUUCUUCCAGUGAUCAAGAGUUUGACGUAAACAUUGAGCAGAGUAAUGAAGUGACUAGCUCCCCCACACUAACACAUCGUCAAGUUAAGAGGAGGUCAGGCAAAUCAGGGACACGUGGGAAGAAGAAGCGUAGGGCAUCCAUGUCUGAUUAUCGCGAAGACAUUAGCAAGUCCUUAGGCAAUCUUGUGUCCGCAAUGAGCAGCCGGACAAAUGAAAUUGCCAGUCCCCCUAUUUCAUCUGCAAAAGCUGAAAUAGCUGAGUGUAUGAGAAUUUUGGAGGAAAUUCCAGAGACUGUCGAGAUGGGAGAUUUGUUGUUGUUUGCUCUCAAGUUGUUUCAGAACAAAGAUCAUCGUGAGUACUUCACUGCAAUGUUACGCAGGGACUGA